UACGUCAUCCUAUAUGUAAAACGAGGAGUUCAUCCAUGCAUCCGUCCGCGUCCAUCAAGCGGCGGGCGACCGACCGACUGAGGUUCCUGCUGCUGAUGUGACGUUGAAAGGGUCCAGGCCAGGCAGGCCGGUCCGGCAUCGCAUUAUGUCGCGCUGAUAGUUGGAAAGUUGCUGUAGUUUGCAGUCAGUCCACGAAGUACCCUCAACCUGUCAAUAUCGUCUCCUUCCAUAGUUCGGGAAAUCGCGCUCUCGGUUCGAUUUGGUCUCUUUCUCCGGUCCCUCUUCGUGUCCUUCGACGCUCAGGUGGUCGGUCCUACACUGAUUCUAAUUAAACGCUUCCUCGUGCUUGCUCGGUCGGUUGGUAGCGCGAUGUUACCUGGCUAAGGAACACAGCGACCAGUUCAGGUUACACGCGAUCGCGACUAACGGCGAUCUUGGACGAAAGGAUUUCGUCGCGCGUGGGUCUUUCCUCCGUAGAAAGAGCAAAUAUUGCUAGCAGUAAUGAGCAAAAGAAGCCGAGUACAGAAAGCUGUGAAGUUCGUCGAAAGUGUGAAAUGUGUGACUAAUGUCAUCAAACAAACGAAAUUGCAGUUAUUAUGAUACAUAAGUGCACUAAAGAAAACGUAGAGUGAAGUGGCUCUCACAAAUGUUUAGAAGUCCUAUGUAUAUUAGUUAAUCUGUUUUGUAUGUUCAAUGGAUUCAAUGAUAUUGUGUUUCCGGUACAACUGUUAAGUUUUAUUUGUUUUUGAGUUUUUAGUCAUCAAACUUCUUUUCAUUCUGGAUCACCUAAGUGUCGACGAUUGCAACCAUAACGACGGCGCGGAAUCCCGGGAAGGUGGAGCUAUGUAUAUAUCAUGCGGGAGCGCCGAUAGUACAACUCCCAUGGAGCCGGAAACGGGAUACGUCCCGAAUAAUCCCCUGUUCGGGGUGCCCCUCGACAGCCCGCAGGAAUGCCCAUCGUCUUGCGGUGGGAGCGGCUGUUCUAGCUGUCAGGAGGGCACAUCUCUUCCCUUGCCGGGCCUGCACGGAUCGGAUUUCGUCGACUGCGGAAACUGUCUCGACCACAACGGUGCGCUCAGCUCGCAAACCAACCUGGGCAACUACUGGAGCGAAGAUAUGAGCACAUUCCCAGGACUGCCACCACUGGAUAUCGACCCGUUGCCCAGUUUGUUCCCCUUCUCGCCCUGUGGUGCUACGUACAACAGACCCGAACGCCCAACGCACGACGUGGCCGACGUGCUGUUGUCCCUCAAACACGCCGUACUCAAGCAGAGCCCGGAUCCGCAGCAACUGCCUCAACCAUCGUCGCCGCCUGGCGCCUUUGCCCCGCCACAGGCCUCGCUCUCUUACACCGUCCACCCGCAGAUGCUCCUGUCGCCAUCGGUUGGCCAUCACAAUCACACCAAUUCGCACUACAGUCAAGCUCAAUCUCAGAGUGGAUCAGGAUAUCCCUCGAACUACUACGAAACGUCUUGUGCACAACACUCAACGCCAAUCUAUCCGAGCAUGAGCGUCAACGUCAGCAUGAACAUGACCAUGCACGGAUACGGAGCCACGGCGGAUGGGACCAUGCCCAUGCAGUGCUCCCAGAUGCAGUGGGGACCGCAUACGGCGGGCGCAUCCUCGGUGAACGUGCUCUACCCGCCGCUGCUCAGUCCGGUUCCGUACCCGGCCGGUGCUACCUACUCGUUCACCGCGGACUUUAGGCCACAAAACCAAACGCAGAAUCACCUAUCGCCACUGCUGGACUCUUCCAAUCCGGGUAGGACCGGAAAGGCAUCUAGCUUACAGUCGCAUCAUCAGAAGUCGUACUACCAGCCAACGGCGGCCGACUACUCUCCGCCAAAGAGUCCCUCAGAGUACGAACAAAGCGACUUUCAGCUCAAGAUGAAAACGGAAAAAUCCCUUGGAAUCACCUUCGAAGAGGAGGACGGCAGCGGAAGCGAUGGCCAAGCUGGGGACAACAAGCCAAAUCUGUGUCGUCUUUGCGGGAAAACUUACGCCCGACCGAGCACGCUCAAAACGCACCUGCGAACGCACUCCGGAGAACGGCCGUAUCGGUGUUCCGAUUGCAGCAAAAGCUUCAGCCAAGCGGCCAAUCUGGCCGCCCACAUUCGAACGCAUACUGGACAGAAACCUUUCCGGUGUCCGAUUUGCGACAGGAGGUUCUCGCAAAGUUCGAGCGUGACGACUCACAUGCGAACGCACUCCGGCGAGCGGCCCUAUCGCUGCCGGGCUUGCAAGAAGGCGUUCAGUGACAGUUCUACGCUGACGAAGCAUCUGAGGAUUCACAGCGGGGAAAAACCUUACCAGUGUAAGCUGUGUCUGUUGAGGUUCUCCCAGUCGGGCAACCUUAACCGGCACAUGCGCGUCCAUGGAACGAACGGUCAGGCUCUCAUGACAUGACAGCAGAAACAAACGCAGCAACCACCCCCACCUCAUCCGCCGGGGUCGUACCUCUCGCACCCGCA